AUGGCUACCUCACUCGCCGUCGACAAGCCCCAUUUGCCGCCCGCUUCUGCGGAUGCGACCGACCCCUUCGUCUCGCCGCCUGGCCCCGCCCACCAACGCUACUCUAGCUUCGACAACCAAUCCUUCGCACUCGGCGCUGGUUCAUCACCAGGCCAGGCCAAGCGCGCAUUGCAGGCACACAUCGCCGACACCGAACGACGCCUCGACGAAGCCGGAAAGCUGGGAACUGCCCUUGUGCAGCAGCGCAAGGAACUCGCAGAGCGAUUGAAGGAGGUAGAAGAGCAUGAAGCAGAAGGGGAACUAGCACCUGAACUGCGCGCCAAACUCGCCGAUAUCGAGAAGGAGUACCAAGAUGUUGCCCGAGAGACCGCCAGGGCCUUCUUGCCCAAGCAGAGGGUCCCCAGCAAUGAAGCUGCAGGGGGCUCACCCUACGUGCCCGACGGAAGGAUAGGAAGACGCUCCGUCAGCCCCUCAAAGUUCGAGAAGCUCGAGGUCCAGGCCACUGGAUCGCCUUCCAAGCUCAAUAUCCCGAACCGCAAAGUGAGAAACCAGCCCGCCAACCGCAUUCAUGACAUUGAGUUCGCUGCCGAAAUCAGCACUUCCCUCAUCGCCCAGGUCCGCAACCUUCAAUCACUCCUCUCCGAGAAGGACGAGGAAUUGCGCGACAUCAAGGUCGACAAGUCCAGGCUGGAAAUCGAGAAUGAGAACUUCCAGCAGCGCGUGAAAACCCUGGACGAGAGCGAAAACAGAUACAAGGAUGAGAACUGGAACCUCGAGACUCAGGUUCAUGACUUGAUUGCUGCGCAGAAGGAUGCUGCAGACCGAGAGAAGAAGUUGUCGCAGAGCCUGAACGUCCUCCAGGCCGAGAAGAACUCGGCGCAGAAGGAGCUUGACGAAGCUAAGGUCUCGCUUGCUAAGCUCGCCGAGGAGCAUGAGCGUGCAGUGAAGCAUCUUGACCUGGACUUGACCACUUCUAAGCGAAAUGCCGCCUCGGCCGAAACCGAGAGGAAUGCUUUGCGGCGCAAGGUUGACGACCUGAUGAGCCAAAACACGGAGCUCGCCAAGGCCAUUUCGGUCCAGCGCGGCCGUUUGUCUGAUCGCGACUUUGUCCGCGGUGUUAGCGACGAGGACCUUGAGGCUGCGACUGACGGCUUCACCCCCGAGCACUCUCCCCCGCCCUCGCCCAUCAAAGGCACUCCUCGCCAUGCCAUGCUAGAAUCCGAGACGCUCAAGAGCUCUCUACUGCACGCCCAGCGAACGAUCCAGAGCCAAAAGACCGUUAUCCACCGCGAGAAGACCGAGAAGCUCGAGCUUAAGCGACUGCUCCAGGACACGCGUGAUGAACUGGAGAAGCUGCGUACCGAUGCUGCGCCUGUUCCUGCCCGUCGCAACCGCAAGGUGGAGUCGAGGGAGUUCAAGAAGCCCUCCCGCGGCCUGCUUGGUGGUCACCGAAGCAGCAGAAACGAGGUUUACCAGGACGACCCAGACUGGGAAGAGGCAACGGAAAUUGGUAGCCCCAGGACUUCCCCCACUGUCCGCUCGAACUCGACCAUCCGCAGACCGAAUAGCCGACCUGGCAGCUCCUACAGACCUCAAUUCACCGACGUCAGCGAUCAAUUUGAGACGGCCAACGAGACCAGCGAUGCUGCCUUUGAGACGGCCAAUGAGCGUGGAACGGAGACAGAGGACUUCCAGACCGGCAUCGAGGACUUCUCCGGCGACGACACCGAGACUGAGACCGAAAGCCCGUCUAAGGGUCGCGAGCUGCGGCCUCAGGUCCUUGCCAUGACCGGCGGCCGCAAUUCAUACGACAGCACUGCUUCAACAUCGGCCGACGAAGAGGAAGAAUACGUCGAGUACAGGACGCCGACAUCUCAACACUCACACCAACGCAUGCGCGUCAAGAUGUCGCGAGGAAUCAUGAACCGCCGGUCGAGACAGCUGAGCGAGGACCCGAGCUUCCAGGGUAGCCCUGCCAGUGCCGCCACGGGUAGCGCUGUAGGAACACCACAGCCCGGUGGCCAGAGCUUGUUUGCAGAGCUUGCCGACCUCGAGACCAGCGACGCUGAGUCUGUCGAGGGAACCCCCAAUCGCUCAAGAUCCGCCACUGGUGACUCUACGGAUAUGACCGCAGCCUCUGCAUCUUCCGUCCCCGCAUUGUCCCAUGACAUGGCUGACAGCGGAAGCAUGACAGACCCCGUCAAGAGGGCCGCAGCUUCCAAGCCCGCGAUGGUCGACAGUGGUAUGAUGACGGAGCCCAUGACCGAAUCGCCUCCCCUCUCGCCGGCCAGUGUGGUUCAUGAAGAAAGGAGCGUGUCGAUGGGAUCCAUGCUGGCCGCCCAGCAACUCUCACGCCAGUUGUCGUCUGAUGAAACCACCGGAAUCCGUUCCCGUCCACUGUCGACACUUUCUUACAGCGACGCGGGCGCUCAGUACGACGUGGACAUGGAUGCGAAGCUGGCACAGUUCCCGAUGCCACCAUUCACCCCCAAUCACUACAUCCUGCCGCCAUCGCCUGAGCUCACCCUGUCCUCGAUCGAUGCUCAGGACAUUGAGCCCGUUAUCGAGCCCGAAACGCCUCUCCCCCCACCGCCAGAGCUCUCCUUGACAUCUCUGGUCUCUGAGGUUGUCGAGCCGAAGGCGGAGCCUAAGAUUGUGCCGCCAACACCCGUCCUGGCUUUCACGCCUCUUGUCUCGGAGAAUGUCGAGCCAAAGGCCGAGCCCGAAGUGCCGCCUCCGACGUUGAGCAUUUCAACGUACUUGUCAGAGACGAUUGAGCCGCUGGCCGAGCCAGAGGUGCCACCUCCCGUCCUCACCCUGUCGGCCCUUCAUGCCCACAACCUUGAGCCCGUGGCCGUGCCCGAGACACCCCUGCCGACGCUCACCUUGUCGGCCUUGCACUCUCGCGACCUUGAGCCUGUGGCCGAGCCUGCAAUGCCGCCUCUGACCCUUAGUCUCUCUGCCCUGCACGCUCACAACCUGGAGCCCGUGGCUGAGCCCGAGACACCUCCGCCGACGCUCACAUUGUCGGCGUUGCACUCGCACAAUCUUGAGCCGGUUGUUGAGCCUGAGACCGUGCCCCUGGUGCCCGAUCUUACUUUGUCAGCUUUGGUGUCUGAAAACAUCGAGCCCAAGGAAGACCCCGAAGAGUCCCAAGCUCUCGCACUUGUGCCUGCUCCUAUCCCGGUGGCAGCACCCGUGCCGGCGCCGACCCUUACCCUAUCUUGGAUCGCGUCUGAGAAUGUGGAGCCGAGAGAGGAGGCAGAGGUUCCUGUCAUUACACCCGUCCUCAGCCUUUCAGCGAUCGCUACGGAACACGUCGAACCCGUGGCCGAGCCCGAGGUUGUCACCCCUGCCGCGCCUGUCCUCAGUCUCUCAGCGCUUCACUCUCACAACCUCGAGCCAAGAGCCGAACCAGAGGUCCUCCCUCCUGCCCUCAGCCUGUCGUCCAUUGUGGCGGAGGGUGUUGAGCCCAAGGCCGAGCCCGAGAUCAUUCCGGAGGUGCCAACCCUUUCAUUUUCGCUGAUUGCUGCCGAGAACAUUGAGCCGAAGGCCGAGCCCGAAGUGGUUGUUCCAUUGCCUGUCCUCAGCCUUACGCCAAUCUCCUCUGAGGAUAUCGAACCCAAGGCUGAGCCAGCGCCGGUCCUUACCGUGUCUUCGAUCUCGUUCGCAGACAUUGAGCCUCUCGCAGAGCCGGAUGUACCGGCGCCGGCGCCCCCCGCCCUCAGCCUCUCCUCUAUCUCGUCCGAGGACAUUGAGCCCAAGGCGGAGCCUGAGACACCCGAACCUACUCCUGCAGUUCUUGCGUACUCCGACAUCCACUCUGAGCAUGUGGAGCCUCGUGCCGUCCCUCUUCCCGCCUUGGACUUCUCGGCCGUCCUUUCUCAGCACGUAGAGCCCGUUGUUGCGCCGGAAACUGUGGCACCCAAGCACAACUUUGCUUUCUCUACCAUCGAAUCGAUUGAGACGCAACCCAUCUCGCCUAGAAGCCCGAAGCGGGACGCCUUCAUCCUCCCCCGCGACAUGGAGUCUCGUUUUGAUGAGAAGGAUACACCAAGGACGCCGCCCAAGACUGCGCUGAUGAACUCUGCUCUUGGUCGGGGAAAGAACAAGACCUCCGACAGCCCCAUCAUCGCGGAAGACGAUACCAGGCAAUCGCCCAGUGAGAGCAGGCUGUCCGAGACUCCCGAGUCCCAGCGGCCGUUCAAGGAGAUAUCAAGCAACACCAAUGGCAACGGUAGAACGGCGCGCAAGCCAAUGGGUACCAUGUCCGACUCUGGAGCUCAGACUUCUCUGACUGCUGAAGCUAUCGACGAAAUGUUGCUCGUAAAGACCAAGGCCACCUCCGACAAGUCACUGUCGAGCUUCGGAACCCCGAGCACACCGGGCACCGUUCGAAUCCGCCGCCCGUCUCACGACAGUCUCAGUAGCUUCUCCACCGAGAACAAGAUGGACGCGGCAUUUAAGCGACCUGGAAGUGCCAACAGCAACCUUGCGCCCGCCCAGCCGCUGCCUCCUCUGCCCUCCAACCACAAGGAGGCCAUCGAAGCUGCGAGAAGUGGGUCUUCCCACGGAAGCGCGGUCAUGGGCCCUCCCUUGUGGCCCGCCUCGGCGAUGAGGAGCCAGCGGCCCCAGACUCCCAACGACGCGAGGCCGCAGUCGCCUCUGUCCAUUUCUACGUCGACAAAGGCUACGCCCACUGUUCGUGUUUCCCGAGCUGGUGCACCUCAUACCACUGUUGAGGUCCACUCACCGACUAAGCUGUCGACUAUGAGCAGACACUCCUCGGUGUCUUCGUUCGUCUCUGAGAUCGACCAUCGGUUCAACCCCCAGGCUGAGCUGGCUGCGGCGACCGGCUUCGGCCCUAACACCGACCCUCGCAUGAUCCAGGCCAUUACGCAGACCAUGAUCGGAGAAUACCUGUGGAAGUACACUCGCAAGGCAGGCCGAGGAGAGAUCUCCGAUUACCGACACAGACGCUACUUCUGGGUCCAUCCCUACACUCGAACUCUGUACUGGAGCGAUCGUGACCCGGCGACGGCUGGCCGGUCUGAACUUCGCGGCAAGAGUGUGCCCAUCGAGGCCGUACGUGUGGUCACCGACGACAACCCGAUGCCGCCCGGCCUCCACCGCAAAAGCUUGAUUGUCAUCUCGCCCGGCAGAACCAUCAAAUUUACCUGCACGACUGGCCAGCGCCACGAGACAUGGUUCAACGCCUUGUCGUACCUCUUACUUCGCACGGCCAACGAGGGUCAGUCAGAUGUCGAAGAGAUGGCCGGACACAUUACACAGGCCGAUGUGGACGAGUUCAACCCUCAGUUUGGCCGCCGUACCAACUCGACGGCUCGUCAGAGACCACCGCCAUCCCUGUCGUCCUACAACUCGCGGACCACCCGUAAUCAGUCUCCGGCAAUCGACAUGUCGAUGAACAUGCCCACGCUGACUCCGAACAACCACCACGCUCAGGCCCAGAGACCUGCUAUCGGCACGCUGGGUAGGAUUAGUGGCUACUUUGGGACCUUUUCGAGCCUCAGAAGCCGUUCCGCGGCUACCGCGAGCCCCAGCAUUUACGAAGCAAGCGAGGUGCAUGACAGCGCUGAAGACCUACGGGAGAUUAUCGAGAGACAGGACCGGGACGCCGACCGACUCGAAAACGUGCGCGCUUGCUGCGAUGGCAAGCACGAUGUCGGUACCCUUCACCACCACUCUAAGCGAGGUCGGCCCUCUGCGUCCCAUUCCCACUCUCACUCCAACUCUCACUCUGGGCCUUCCACGGCCACACCGUUGAGCACGUUGAAGGCGCGAGCAUAA